GGUUCAAUUUUGGGUCCACUUCUGUUUUUAAUUUAUAUCAAUGAUUUGCCGAAUUGUUUACAACAAUCUACAGCACGCAUGUUCGCCGACGAUACUAACAUUACAGUGUCCGGUAAAUCAAUUAAGGAAGCUGAGGUGGCCGUUAAUGUCGAUCUCAAUAAUAUCAGAGAAUGGCUUCUAUCGAACAGGCUCUCUCUUAACCUUGUCAAAACGGAAUAUCUUUUGAUUGGAUCACGCCACAAUAUUAACACGUUAGAAGAACAACCGCGUGUUUUUAUUGGAGAUGAACCAAUUAAAGGG